GAGUCGAAUUGACUCCAAAAGUGGAGUAUGGUGGCUGAUCGCUAUCAUUCGUUUUUUUAAUAAAUACAAUGAAGUCACUUUUAAUAUAUCAAACAAAAAUAAGAUGAAUGUAAAAUGAAUUCAAAAUAAAAGUAAAAGUAAAUUAAAAGUAAAUUAAAAGUAAAAGUAAAUUAAAAGUAAAAGUAAAUUAAAAGUAAAAGUAAAUUCAAAAUGAAAGUAAAUUAAAAGUCAAUUCAAAAUGAAAGCAAAUUCAAAAUUUAAGUAAAUUAAAAGUAAAAGUUUUAUCGGCCUAGCGCUAUCAUAGCAUACCAUAAUGCAUUGCUGUAUUUGAGGCCAUAACGCGCGCAAGAAUAACGCGCGCUUGCGCGCGUGUAUUAUUCAAUCGCGGGAAUUCGGGAAAGCGAGGGAAUUCGGGAAAGCGCGGGUUAUUUUUCGAUGCCAAUAUGGCCGAUCGUGCCGUGUGGAAGAAUUACAAAGCACAAAUGAAAGAGAAAAGAACGGGGAAGAAAAAAAAUAAUUCAGGAGUUAGUAUCUUAGAGGAAGAAUGCAUUGUUGUGCAGCGACUCAGCGCCGAUGUUUCAGGAAAGGCACAAAAAUAUACCAGAAUAGGUGCCAGAGAAUUUGUGUCCUUCGAAUAUGAUGAGGUAACUGUAGAUAACAUAAAACGUGCCUGCUUAAAUCACUUUGAUGUUGGUGAAAUGGUUUGUGAUGUUGUUGCUGGAGUACAGGGGCCAUCAUGCUCGUCGAUUAAGCAAAUACCUGAUCUUAAAGUGAUCCACGUGCGUUUUAUUCAUGGCUCUGAUGCAGGUGCAGGAAGCAACGUCGACGAAGGACAUAAAAGAAAAAGGCCACGGUUGGCUUUACCUGGGCCAAGCAUAACCAAUUCGCAUCCAACACCGGCUGGACAGCAAUCUGCUAAAGAAAGUCAGUUUAUUCCAAGAAGUAUGUCACUAGUAGAAAUGCUCAAGCUUGGGAAAGAAAUCAAAAAAGCACCGACAACAGAAGUACAGCUAUUCAAGUUCGACCUAGAUCAGAUAUGUUGGUCAAAACACCCGAGUGUUGUUGAAUUUGUGAUUGAAAAAGACCCAUUUGGGACGGGAGGAUUCCGAAAUGCAUUCAAAGCUACAAGCCAAGCAAAAGAGUUCCGGUCAACUACAUGGGUGGUGAAGAAAUACCUCCCACAAGCUAUUCAAGACAUUGGUGUUACUGGUCAGACCGUAGAACAGCACACCAAGAAAGUGGUCCAGAUGCACAGUCUUGCACAACAUUUCGCUGCAAGACUGAAGCAAGAAAUGGAAAAAAGAAAUAAAUUGGAGAAUUUUGGUGAAUUCCUAAAGUAUAACAAAAUAUAUUUUGGUAAAUGUGGAGAGGAAUGUGUUACUGUGGAAGAAUUUAUAGCAGGAACAUUCACCAAACAUAUAAACAACACUGGUGAUGUUUGUGGAGAUAUCACUAGUGCUAUUUGCAAGAAAGCAGCAUGUCUCGCUCACUAUUCCUUUCAGCAAUCAGAGAAACAGCUAAUGGUGUUGGAUAUACAGGGUUGCAACAACCAUCUAUUUUAUUUGACCCUGAAAUUGCCACGAUGGAAAUCAUUUCAGAUGGCGAGUAUCUCUUUUGCACGGGAAACCUGUCAUCAAAUGCAAUUAACAAUUUCUGUGUAUUCCAUGAAUGCAAUGAAUAUUGCAAACUUCUGGAACUGCCAUCACUUCUUUAGGCAGGACAUUAUGUGCAUGGUUCUACACCACUGAGCGAGGCAUAUUUUAACAUAUACUGGGGGGGUCAUUUGCCCCCCCCCCUUGUUGGCCCCUCACUCAAACAAAAUUGCCCCCAGUCCCUUUUAAAAUAUUAUUGUAUUCCAACUGCUACCUCAGACAAUACAUUGGGUCCCUAACAGUGUGAAUGGUCAGACUCUUUGUCUGUUAAUGUUUUAUUGACCCCCCACUGCUAAAUCCUUAAAAUAUGCCUUGCCAUUGAAUAAAUUAGUUUUUCUGAAAGAUACAGAAAGUUCACUUUAUAGUUUACUGUUCAUCUAUACUGUAGUUGUUUUUUUAAGAUUGUUUGGACAGCUUACUUGUAGAGAAAAACAAUUGUGUUUUAUAAGGCAUUGUUUGUCUUGUAAAUGUUUUCGAGAUUCCAGUGAGAAUUUAAUUUCAUUGCCCAUUUCUCAACACUAAGGCCUCGGUUAUACGAUACCAGAUUACUAUUGGAACGACAUUAAAUUUUGCUAUGUCAAGAUGCAUUUAGCACUUAAAAUUAUGACAAUAUAGCAGAAUUAAACAAAAAUUGCAAAAAUGGAAAUUUCUGAGAGCAGACAAUACUGGAAGCAUCUUAAGUUGAUGUCACUCCAAUGUGAAUCGUGUAACUGAGGCCUAACUUAUGUGCAUUUGUGUAAGAUCAAAGAUGUUCAACAUGUCUCAUCCUAAUACAACCUUCCAAACACAUAAAACCCAAAAAGGGCACAAUAACAUUUUGAACCUUAAAGGGCACAAUGACAUUUUGAACCAAAAGGGAUGGAAUUUCUCAAUUUGGAGUAAAUAUAGAAUGAUACUAUAACAAUGAAUAUGAAACUACAAAUUAAAGUUGUCUUUAAGGAACAAAAAGCAUCAGUCCAAUCUUUCGGAGUGAUGCUAUUUACAUCUGGAAUUAAGCAUUCACAUUCUCCUCUGAAUUCUUGAUGUAGAAAAUCAUCAGGACAACCCAGGACACCAGAGAGCUCAGCCACCUUUUCCAAUUCCUCUUCACUAACUGGCCAACCUGCAGCAAUAGAAAAAAUUGUUUGCUUUUGUUAUCGUCUUAAUUGUGUCAUGCCUGACAGGAAUUCUAAUUCGCUCAUUGUUAUUCAGUACAAGGUUGGUGUAUAUACUUUACCACAAUCUUCCAAGCCAUAUGAAUCAGGGAAAGCAUAUAUAUGGUUAGGGACACCAUUAGGUAAAUCAGUUUCCUUUUGCUGGCGAAUUCUAUGUGAAUUCCAAAUGGUAUCCUUGAAAACGUCUAGCUCCUUUUGCAGCAAGGGUAUGAGAAUAAAUGCCAAGAUCAUUCUAUCAAGAAAAUUGUAACCAGAUAUUUGGGAGUUAACUGAAUGUCACCAUGUCCAUUGCGAUCAAUAAUACUAGUAAAAUAUCAAGUAAUAAAGAACAAAUAAUGGCAGUUAUUUAACUAACCUAUCUGUUUCGUCAUCAGGGUCAUAGUAAUUUUCAUCUUUAAGCCAGGAGAGUUGCUUUUUAAAGUACUCAGCGAGAUGAAAAACAGUCAGCAGUGGUGGUUUGGCCCGGAAUUUCUGAAGAAAACUAAAGAUGCAUGGCCUGAAGAAAAGAUCGAAAUAGAACUUAACUCAGUAAAGUGUAAAGAGUUGAAUGUCGAAGCACGAAAACAAGAGAGUGUGUCUACAAAUGACCAGUCCUUAAGUUUCAAUACAACGACCCAGAGGAGGAGUGGUCACUAUACCACAAUGCAUUGCUUCUCAUUAAUAUUCAGAAUUGAACUUUGCGAGUCUUUGAGAGAUGUUUGUUGAAAAAAUUGUGGUUGUUUAUCGUGAUUUUUCACUCUGAAAAUUUUGAUUUUUGGAAGGUACGUUUUUAUAAUUGUUUUAUUUGUGACCUUAAUUGCACGAUUUUUAUUUUAUGUGGUUGUCAUAUCAUGUUUCAGUUAUGUUAAUCACGCAUAAUUUGAAUUACCCUUUGUUUCGGGUCAGUGCACAUGUCACAAAAGUGACUUUGAUAUUCGCCGGGGGUUAAAUGGUUUUUAGAACAGGAAAUUAAACACAAUUGCAUCAUCGAAUUCAGGAAGAGUUACUCUUUCUAUUGGUACUUCAAAACAUAAAAAAUCCCCUCGAACUGAAGGGUUAUCGCGGUUUGAAAAUGGGGUAUAUUUUGGGUAAGUGUAAUGGCCAUAAAAGAAAUGACAUUUAUAUACGUUGGAGGUUAAAUAGUUUAUAGAUCGGGAAAUUCUGCUAAAUUCACAUCACUGAAUUCGGGAAGAGUCACGGUUCUAGUUGAUACUUUAAAACAUUAAUAAUCUUCUCCAACCGACGAGUAAUCGCGGUUUGAAAAUGGGGUAUAUUUCAGGUGUAGUGCAUAUGACACAAAAACGGCUUUGAUAUGUGCAGGGAAUUGAAUGGUUUAUAAAUCGGGAAAUUCAAUAAAAUUCACAUCAUUUUAUUCAGUAAUGGUUACUCUUUCUAUUGGUACAUUAAAACAUAAAAAAGCCCCUGAAACCGACGAGUAAUAGUUGUUUGAAAAUGGGGUAUUUUGCUUUAACAUCAUCUCCGAUAUCGCCAAUUGCGGGAAAAAAGUACUCUACAGUCUACAGGAUUUAUAUGGCGUGAACGCGACGUAAAUCAACAAGACAGAUUGGUAUAAUAAUGCACACAAGCAAAAAUAUUAAUAUGUACUUGGGUUAAAUGCUAUGUUUAUGUUUAGGUAUGCUUAAGUUAGCUUUCCUAACGUAUUGUAUAAUUUGUUUUUAUAGAAUUCGAGUUUAUUGGAGCAAAAAUGGAACCUGAUAAUGAUGGCGAUGUUGUCAUUGUUGAUCGUGAUUUAGAAAAUGAGGAAACAGACACUACUAAGCGGUUAUAUAAUUAUGUAGGUGAUACGCCAGGAAAACCAACAAGAAAAACCCAAAGACUAUCUUGUGUAGAAAAUUCAUCAUCCAGUCGAUCUUUGUUUCAAAGUCCUGGCACAUCAGUAAAGGCAUUAAAUAUAAACACAAUUAUGGUUCAAUGACAAUGUAUAACACACCUCUUAUGUAACAUAUUAUUUAUAGCUAUUAUGUCAACUGUGACUCAAUUUCCAUUUUAGUAAAUGACAUACUUUUUUUUAGUUUCCUAGCAGAAAGAUCAGGCUGACUCCUUCAAAGAAGUCACCAGUGAAACAACAUAAAUGGACCUUUGAGGAAAAUAAAGCCUUUAUUGAGUUCAUAUCUAUUGCCAGAACAGAUCCAAAGUAUGGAGAAAUGUUGACUAGUGUCAAGUGGCCAGGAUUUAAGGAUAAAACAGUUUCUCCCGAUGGUGCCAAACAUAUUCAAUGUAGCACUUCGUCAAAUAUCGUCCUUUCAAGUGAGUUUUAUAUGUAAAAUGUCUCAAUUUUUUUCUUAUCUGGUGUUGACAGUUCCAUGUAAUAACCAGGUGGGGGGGGGGGGUGAUUAUGGUGUGGUGGCUUACUAUUUUAAUAAUGCAUAUAAAUUAUUUCUAACAUCCCCUAGGACAAAUUACAUGUAAUUAUGACAGAAGUAUAUAUAGGCUGUCAGGGUUUUUUUCAGGGAUUUUUUAGGGCCGUUAAACGGCCCCAAAAAACUCAAUCUUGAAUUGAGUUUUGAAACUCAAUCUUCUCACCAACGUUUCAGUGCAGUAAAAAUGAAGUUGUUUGAGUUAAAUUUGUGACGUGUGGAAAUUAGUUUUCAGUUGGAAACCUGACAAUUAAAAAAAAUGACUGGAAUUCAUCUCACAACACAAGAAAAACUAUGCAUUCGCCAUCUUUGGGAGGUACAGCCACCCCAGCUGUUCAGCUAAACUCGAUCUUCUCUGCAAAAAUGGACCCAAGAGAAAAUCCUGAAAAAAACCCUGGCUGUAGGCAGAGAUUUGGGUAAUAUGUUCAUGUCCAGAAUACACAAAUAUAAUCUGACCUUACUGUACACCUGACCUUACCCAUAGUAGGGUAAGCUUUAAGAUAUUGGGGUUUGGAUUUAUAUAUUCAUGUAUUCUGGCCAUAAACCAAUAAUUGAAAAUAAUAUUUUGAAUGAUGAAAUAUAUGUGAUAUAUGCAUGCAGACAACCCUUUUAUUAAUUCUAAACUACUAAAUAGCAGGUGAGUCUCUGAAUGAUUAAAUAAUCAAGUCAGCAACAGUUUAAAGAUUUGAAAUGCAAACAUGCAGGUCUGUAUUAGGUCGUUUUUGCCGGGUUUUUCUACCUUGUUCCUGACAUGACAUGUUGACUAGCAAUCUUGUUGGCAUUUGCUGAUUGCUGACCUACAUUCAUAUGCCUCGUUUAGGGCUAUAUAUAUUAAUCUUAAAUUCAUCAUAAAAAAACUUAUAUACUGACUUAUGACUUAUUUGAUCUGUUGUUCCUUAUAUAUAGAUUCCCGUUUGCGAGCACAAGUGAAUAGUUUCUACAGGAAAAAAUUUGCAACAUUUGAGAAUGCAGAGAUCCAUUAUGGCCUGACAUUGUCUGAUAGUUUGGCAGAACUUGUUAUAGAUAGAAGACAAGCUAAGCAUGGUAAACAAAAACCAGCAACAAUACCACCACCACCCCUACCAACACCACUACUACCACCACCACCCUUACCAACACCAGUACCCCCACCAACACCAGUACCAACACCACUACCACUACCCCCAUCAACAACACAACUCCCAUCAACACCACCACCCCCAUCAACACCAAGCAAUACUCAACCAUUACUAAUUACAGUUGAAAAUGUGUUCAACCUUGCAUGUCUUUUGAAGAAUGCUGAUUUAGAAUUAUUAUUGAACAAACUGUUCAUGCAGCUUGCUGUUGCACAUAAUAUAUCAUCUAAUCCUGCAAAUUAUUGUUCAUUGUCUAUUCAAGCAAUGGAACUUUUAAAAAAGAACAAUAAGCACAAUCUAUUGUACAAAUUUGCAUUGGCAUUAUGCAAGACUAAUCAAGUUACUGGUGAGCCUGUAUUUCCAAUGGACAGAAUGCCAUUUGGAUUGGUGGAAUAUCAAAUAGAGAUUUUUAGUUCCACUAAUGUUAGACAGGUGUGUAUAUGCUUGCAAAUGGGGUUGCCUGUGUAGGUAGCAAUAUCCAAGUACCUGAAAAAUAUGACAGAAGUUUGACAAAGGGCCUUCAUGCACUCAAAAUGUCAAAGAAAUUACGUUUUUAUUUUUCAGGUAGUUAGAUAACUUAUUCUACUCAGGUAUGCAGUAGCGUAGCCACCCGACGAUUUAGUCCUGCUAUGAAAAUAUUUUCGUUUUCAUUGACUGUGAAAACAAUCAAUUUCUAAAGAAAUGAGUAAAAUGAUAAUAAUUUUGAAUUUGCAUAGCAGGACUAAAUAGUCAGGCCACUGCAGGUACAGUAUGCACAGUAAUUAUGGUAGAUGUCCCUUUGUAUUAACCCAUUAGAGUGCAAGACUCUCUGAGCUGGGUUUUUUAAAAGUAAAGACAUGUCAUUUUGUCAUUUAAGAUUAAGAUGCCAGAUGACUUCCUCCAACGGCAUGAAAGUUUGUGUGCUGAGUUUCCCACACGCUUUAACCGCCUAUUCAGGGGUCCAAUGUGGAGUGGUGUUGAUAAAGAGGACCAUGGUUACACAGAUAAGGUCAGUUAAUUUAAAUGCAAGUACUUUAUGUAUAUGAAAAUUUUUUAAUUACUAGUCCACAGGAUUUAAAUAAUGCCCCUUUUCCAUUUCUCAUGCAAUUUGGCUAUUAAGCAACUGUGGCUUUCGUUUAUGAUCAUUAUACAAAGAAAUCAAAUUACCACAGAAAUCCAUGUCAAUUAUGGUUCUGUCGGCCCUCGUAUCACAUCCACAUUCCUUGCAAUUCUUAUCAUCAGCUGGGGGGGGGGGCAGAUCUAGAUAAGGAAUUUGCUUCAAGUAUUUUCACUAUACCCAUUAAACAUGCAAGCAAGACUUAAACAAAUAAAAUUGUCUCUAGGUUUGACUUAGUAAAAGGGUACAUCAUGGGGCCACAUUGUGGAUUAACAGAACACGUUGGCCUAUUGUUAAUUCAUAAGCAAGUUUGUGUGAUAUAAAUUCAUAAUGAACUUUCCAAUAAAUUUUCAAAAUUGGGAAUGAACUUGUAAAAUAUUCACAAUAAAGUUUGGAAUAGCUUUUGCCAAAACAUUUGAAAUUCAUUGUAACAGGACUGCAAAUUACUGUCGGACAUCGGACAAUGUCCGACUAAAUUUGGCAAAUGUCCGAGCAAAAGUAAUUUUGAUCGGAUAUUGGUUCGAUCACAUAAAAUUGUCACAUAUUAUACAUUUUUUUGUUGUGACAAAAUCCGAUUGCAAAUUCACUCAAUUUGCAUUUUGCAAUAAAAUUUACAAGGCGUUCUAGUGUUUACUUUUACUUAAUGUUGCGUCGGAAUGGCAUACAUAUACUUGUCUUGUGACUUAUAUACAGUAUUUAUAAUAUAGCAUUUGUAAAUUCUGAACGCUUAUUGGCUAAGAGCCGUGUUGAUAUAACUCAAUGUCAGCACGGGAAAUUUUCUGCCGCUUGUAAACACAGAAAUUUUUCUUAUCCUUCGGGCUUUUGACAAUGCUAUAUUAUAAAAAAAAUAUAAAACAUUUUUUCUGUGCUGAUAUAUACUGUAGUUAUAUCAACACUUGUGGAAGUUGGGAAAACUCGAAAUUGUAUGAAAACACUCCGCCCUUCGGGCGUCGUGUUUCCAUACAAUUUCUCGUUUUCCCAAUUCCACUCGUGUUGAUAUAACUGUAUAUCAACACAGAAAAUGUUUUAUAUUUGUUAAAUCUUGUGACGUUUAUGUCUGACCAAAUUUAGUGAUGCUUGUUUUUGUCCGACCAAAUUCAAGUUAUGUCCGACCAAAAUUAAAAAUGAUCGGACAAAUGUCCUGUCAAGUCAAAUAUUUAUUUGCAGCCAUGUUGUAAUUACUAUUUUCAUUUUAGGCAAAAGUCAAUGUAGCCUGUAUUGGAACUAGGGCAGUUGCAAAGAAGACAGAUUCAUCACAAUUUAGCACUGAGCCUAUCAUACAGGUGUGCUCAUUUGAUAUAAUGAUUUAUACAAAAACACUAGUAAAACAAGCCAUUUGAUUGGUUGAGGAUCAUGUGUGCUUAUGUAAAGGAUAGAUACACAGAUGAUAUGUCACAAAGUUAUAAAACUGCUUCAAAAACUCAUUAAUAAUUCAUGAAGCAAUUAUCCAAUCUUGAGUAAGCAAUUAUUCAUGUGCAUACGUCUUUAUACCAGCUAAAGAACACUUUAACAAAAGACCAUUGUUAUGCAAACUAUAUAAAGAUUUUUAUAUAAAGAUAUUUAAUAUAUAAAGAUUUUUAUAUAAAGAUUUUUAUAUAAAGAUUUGACUUAUUAUGCAAACGUUUUUGAAGCCAUUUAAAAAACUCGCAGGUUGUGUUUUAUUAGGGCUUUAAACCUAAUAAAACACUCCUGCUCAUUUUUUAAAUAGUACAUAAAGCGUUAGCCAAUAAGAGCUGUGUUGUUUCUUUGUUAGCCAAUUGUGUUGAACUAUUUGCAUAGAUAUAACUAAUUAAUCCAUGAGAUCUGAUGUGCCAUACUGUACUUUAUUAUUUGACUCUGUCUAAUGUCAGACAUUUUACUUGUCAAGGGGAUAUAUAGUGCUGGUGCUUAAAGGCACAGUUCAGCCUGUUGAACGAUGGUUUUUAAGGCGCAUUUCAGUUCUUUUAAUUGAAAAAACUAACUAGGAAAAUCAAUUAAGCAUAAUUCAAGAUCACCAAACUUAAUGUUUUUAACAUUUUAAAACAUUUAUAUUGUUAAAAACAUCGAGUUUACUGAUUUUGAAUUAUGCUUAAUUGAUUUUCCUAGUUAGUUUUUUCAAUUAAAAGGGCUCAAAUGCGUCUUAAAAACCAUCGUUCAAAAGGCUGAACUGUGCCUUUAAACGCACAGUUCAGUCUUUUGAAUGAUGAUUUUUUAAGGUUCAUCUCAGCCAUUUUAAUUGAAAAAAGUAAAUAGGAAAAUCAAUUAAGCAUAAUUCAAGAUCAGCAAACUUAAUGUUUUUAACCUUUUAAAACAUUUUUAUUGUCACAAACAAUGAGUUUAUUGAUCUUGAAUUAGUUAUAAUUUUAUUAUUUCCUAGUUACAGUAGCUUUCAAUUAAUUAAAAGGGCUAAAAUGCACCUUAAAAACCAUCAUUCAAAAGGUUGAAAACUGGCCUAUAUAUUGCCAUGUAUAUAGUACUUAUUUUAACCCAUUGAGUCACUGUGCAUCUGCAUGUACAGCACUGUAAAGUCUGCAAAAGAUGACAUCUAAUGUUUUUUACACGCUUUUUUGUCAUGAGAUCUACCUGUAUUACAGUCUAAUCAGAAGAAACAUGCACACAGAUGGAAAUGAAAUGUAUUUGUUAAAUAAAGUACAUUACAAUUAGUACAUAUUUUUAAACAUGUUUAUGUAUUAUACUAGGUGCAAGCACUUAAAGAGAUGAAAGAUGCGUAUCCUUCCAGGAGAUUCUGGAUCAAAGGUGACAGGUGUGACAUUAAACCAGCACUUCAGCAAUCAGUUAAGGGUGUUUGGAAUGGAGAUGCUGAUCUUGGAGAUGGUGCCCUUCAGAAACUAAGAACUGAUUAUGAGGGACAAGUGAAGAUCGUUAAAGAUUUGGCAUCAUCACAGGAUGAUAUGGAAAAAGUGAUUUCUGAUAUUGAGACUGAAAAUCUUGAGAAUGACAAGCAGUUUUUAUCACAAGGCGCAACAAAGGCACUCAAAACUUAUAUGGACAAAUAUAAAAAACCAAAUCCAUCGAAAAAGGUGUUAAUGGAACUUUCAUGGGAAAGAGCUGAGUAUACUGAGCUCUUACAGCAGUGCCAGGCUUUGCUUUCAUAUGUGACCACUUUAAAAGUCAGUGUUGUCCAGAGUUCUCAAGUGUUGCAUGUCCAGAAGAGUAUGCAUGAAAAGAAAGGUGAAUGGGAAAACUACCUGAGGAAUUUGUUUGUGAAGAGACGACAGCCAGCAGCCACACAUGUGUUCAUUUUCCUCCUAUCUGAUGAGUGCCGGAACAAGAAACCUUACUGCCUGCCAAUUCAGUAUGUUCCGUACCUUUCAUUGAAGGAUCAGACUGUGCGAGAAUUGAUCAGUAAGAUCAGGGUAGAGAUGGCUAAACUUGACAUGCUUGCUAUUGGUAAGUACAAUAGAUACAGUAUCUAAUAUUUAAUUAAUUGCAUCAUUGCAGGUAUUGCUGGUAAAUAUUGGUAUACUCUAAACAUGAUAUUUGCUGUGUUGGUGUAAUGUACUCAGGUGAAUACUGUAAGAUGCUUGUGUGGACUGUUACUCUGAGUGUAUAUCCACACCGGGCAGGCCCGAAAAAUAUGCCUGGCCACAGUGGGAAUCAAACCUACGACCUUUGGAAUACUAGCCCAAUGCUCUGCCAACUGAGCUACGCGGUCAGGUCGGUUCGAGUAUGCGAUAUUUCGGAACUGAGUCCAGUUCCUUCGAUAUCAGUGUAAUCUAAUAAUCACGUGGCCAGGCAUAUUUUUCAAGCCUGCUUGGUGUGGAUAUACACUCAGAGUAACAUCACAAGCAUCUUAUUCACCUGAGUACAUUACACCAACACAGCAAAUAUCAUGAUUAUUAGAUUACACUGAUAUAGAAAGAACUAGACUCAGUUCCGAAAUAUCGCAUACUCGAACCGACCUGACCACGUAGCUCAGUUGGCAGAGCAUUGGGCUAUUAUUCCAAAGGUCGUAGGUUCAAUUCCCACCGUGGCCAGGCAUAUUUUUUGGGCCUGCCCGGCGUGGAUAUACACUCAGAGUAACACCACACAAUCAUACUCUAAUCAGUUACAAUGACUCCUAUGUGUUGAACAUAAGAGUACAAUCAUUCAGUAAAUGUAACUAUGUUAAUUUAGGUUUUGUCACAGACGGGGAGUUCAAUAGCUUAAGAACUAAAGGACAAAAGCGUCCAUUACACUUGGUUCAACUGAUACGAGAUGCUCGGGAAAGUGUCAGCAGGAAAUCUGAGUCAUCUUUAUUGAAAUUGCUUUUGAAAGUUAGAGGUACUACUAUAUCUACUUACAGGAUAAUGUAAAAGAUUAACUUGUUUCAAAGUUGAAAGAGCUUGGAUAUGUAUUGAAUUUACCUUUAUCAUAUUCGGUUUAUUCACCCUUUUUGGGAACUGUUUUUCCAAGCUUUAGAGAAUACAGUAAACACCACAAAUAGAAUGAAACAGAACUUUUUACCAAAAGCAUGUAAUUGUAUAAAAUAUAUGUAGCAGUAAAUUUAUGACAUUUGACAUUUGUGCAAUUUAUAAAUUUUAAAAUUCGUUUUUUAUGUUGUUCAUGUAAUAAAAAAAAAGCACCCAAAAAAAUGGCGGAUAUUCCCUCACAGUCAGCAAUAGAAAUGUUCAGAAAAAUAUUGAACGAUUCAUUUGCCUCAUGUUUACCAAUUCAUUUGAGGAGUUCCUCGAAUAUGUUACCUGGAAAAAUUCCGAAAUUCCUGUUUCGAUCACAUAUGAUUGGUCAAUUUUAAAUAUGAAGUCAGUUAUAUGUCAAAACCAACAGGAAGUUAGGAGUUUUUCAAGAACUUUGUAAAAUAUUAGAGGAACUCCUCAAAUGAAUUGAUAAACAUGACCAAAUUAAUUGUUCAAUAUUUUUUGGAACCCUUCUAUUCCGCGACUGUAACAUUUGGUGAGAAAUACUGUACUAUAUAACGUUAUAUGAAUCUUUGAAUCUUGUAGUAGUUUUUGUGUUAGAUUAAAUUAAACAAUACAAAUUGGGGGGGGGGGGCACCCGGUAUAUGCAGUAUAACCCAUUACUGUAACUAACACCCAAACAUCGCCACGAUAUGUAAUGGACAUCCCUAACUUCUAAAAAGUUUUACAUAAGUCAACAGAUAUUUUUUUUAUUUCAGAUGAUGAGGACGGCAUGCCCCUGACAGAAGUAGUAGAUCCAGAAAUACCAUCUGAUAUCAUCAAUCUGUUGCAUAACUUGAGGCAUGAUGGAAUGGCUUUAUUUGAGGCUGUAAAGCGCAUAAGGAUGUCCUUAGUGCCAGAAGGAUUCGAACCUUUUCUGUUCAGGAAUGGAACAGAGGAAUGCCUGGGUGAUAUGCUAAAGUCCAUUGUUGCAACGUAUCGAUUUAGGCAUGCUGUCAGCAAGUAUAUGUCGGAGGGUGUUGACUUUUCAACUUAUAUCUACAUACCGGAAAUUGAUGAUGCCACUGGUGAAGCAUUUCAUGAAAGAGAAGAUCACUGCCACAUUCUGAAACGAAUUUGGAAGCACACAAGAGAGGAAGGACCACCUGGAACUAACUUACAGGGCUUCGAUGACGCAAUGCGUGACCCGAACACUGGUUUGACACAUGCAGCCCUUACAGGUGAACAAAAACAAUCUGUUGUUGAUGCUGAAAGAAUGAUGUCCUUUCUUGUUGCAAAGUUCCUCCGUGAGAAUGGUUACCAGAAAGAAGGAGAGUACAUCGAUAUUGUUGCAGGAUGGCAUGCAGCUGCAGAUCGUAGAGGUCUUUCUGAGCUUCAACGAUGUAAGAAGAACUACGUUAUGCUCAACAUGAUCUUGGAUGACUGGAUGCCAUGGCACAAUACUACUACGAGUUUAGCUACAAUCGACGUAAAUAGGUAUUGUACAGUACAUUGUAACACGCCCCAUCUGAAAAUCACCGUAUUGUAUUUUUAUUUACUACUAUGUUGUGUAUGGCCAGCGUGGCUAAAUAAAUCUGCAAGUAAGUAAGUAAGUAAGUUAGUAAGUAAAUCUAAAAAUAAAGUGAAUAUAACGAUCAUUUUGUAUAAAAAAGACUUGAUUUUUUUUUGUAUUCUAUACUGUAAAGUUUAUAUGAACAUUAAUUUUUCCCAAGUUGAUAAGUUUUUGUUUUGUUCGUUGUAUUAAAAGUUAAGAACUUCGAAAACAAAAAGUUAAGAACUUCGAAAAGUGUUCAUAAAUAUUUGAAUUUUUAAUAACGGAUUUUUGUGUAAAAUGGAAUUUCAAACAAGGAAGACUUGAAUUAGUUUAAUUAUAAAAUCAGAAUUUAAGUUAUUUCAACAAAAUUUUAGUGUAAUACAGUAGAUGUUAAAGUUAUGGUUGUGUUUUCACAGUACAUGUGUCAGGUGGUGAAAUGAAAACAUUUAUUUUUAAUACUUUACAGCACACAAACGACAAAUUGUGUUGAUCUAUUUUAUGUAGACCAAUCAAGGGAAUUUGUGGCUUCUCAAGAGAGACUGUAAUUGCUGUAACCACUAACAUCGAAAGUGUUGAAUAUCGCAGGAGAGAGAGUGGAAGAAUUGGAUAUCCCAAGCAUCCCAGAGCUGGGACAUCAGAUGAUGUGGAGGGCUUCAUUUCAUUGUUGCACCGUUUUCUUGGCAAUAUAUUUACAAUGAAAGAUAUGAAAUCUCUAUGGAAGAAGGUUGUCAGGUAAAGAAAGUGUAUGUUGAAAGAAUUAUACCCCUAACAAAUGUUCAGCACGACAUAAUUUUAACUACAGUUAUAUAACUAUAGUAUUUCAGACUAUAAUACGAUACAGUUAUGUAGUUCCUUGUGACCGACUUUUUUUAGCAACUAACGUUUGCCAUAAUAAGUGAUACAAAAUUUACUGUGUGCUAGCUUCAACAAAAGAUCACAAUGAACGAUACAUAAAAAAGAGAAAUAUCUGAUGGUGUAAUGGGAUAAUUGCUGAAAACAUGUCUCUAACAAGUAUAAAGCAUUGAUUAUAUAGAAUUAUGUUCAUCAAAAAGGAUUUACCGUAAUGAUUUAUUAUACUUUCACUUUUAGAGAGUAUUGUAAACGAAUUGAUAAAGAUUUGCCAUGUUAUUACUGGACAAGCAAUGAGCGCUUCAGAGAUUUUGAUGAAACAAUGCCAAGUUUUAACGAAGUUGACGAAGUCCCGGAUGACAUUGACCCAAAAGAUCACCCUCUACGUCUCCACAAUCUAUCUGUUAACCGACGAGAAGACUCCUCAAUAUUCUCAGCAGGACGGUGGUUUUUGCCAGCACGCAACCAAACGACAGUUCGACAACACUUACACAGACCCGUCGUUGAACCUCCGUUGUUGAACAUUGCGAUCCAAGGACUGGAAGAAGCCAUGGAAGAAGAUGUGGAGGAAGAUUAUAUCCUUAUGGGCGAUCCUUAG